UAACCCCAUCUACGUUCCAGAUCUUUCUUUCUUUCAAUGCUUCCGGGAUUGUAAUCGUUUAUGACGAGGAAGAUAACACAAGGACAGGUUAUUUCACGCGACUUGUGAUUCGUCUCUAGUGUUUCACUUCGUUGUUUUGUCCAACGUCUUCUGUCCAGGAGCAAUGUCACCUGUAGAGUCUUCUCGUGAUGAAAGCGUCUACAUGGCCAAGCUUGCUGAGCAGGCUGAGCGCUAUGAGGAGAUGGUUGAGGAGAUGGAAAAGGUAGCGAAGACAGUAGAUGUGGAGGAACUGACUGUUGAGGAGAGGAAUCUUCUCUCAGUGGCUUACAAAAAUGUUAUUGGAGCUCGCAGGGCUUCUUGGAGGAUAAUUUCCUCCAUUGAACAGAAGGAAGAGAGCAGAGGCAAUGAAGACCAUGUUACAAUGAUAAGAGAUUACAGAGCCAAGGUUGAGGCUGAGCUUACUAAAAUCUGUGAUGGCAUUUUGCGCCUCCUUGAUACGCAUCUUAUACCAUCAUCCACAUCUGGUGAGUCCAAGGUGUUUUACCUUAAGAUGAAGGGUGAUUACCACCGAUAUCUUGCAGAAUUCAAAACAGGUGCAGAGAGGAAGGAAGCUGCUGAAAACACUUUGCUUGCUUAUAAGGCAGCCCAAGAUAUCGCACUGGCAGAGUUGGCAUCAACUCAUCCAAUUAGGCUUGGGCUGGCCCUUAACUUUUCUGUUUUCUACUAUGAAAUUUUGAAUUCACCUGAUCGUGCCUGUGCACUUGCAAAACAGGCAUUUGAUGAGGCAAUUGCAGAACUUGAUACUUUAGGUGAAGAAUCGUACAAGGAUAGUACCUUGAUCAUGCAGCUACUUCGUGAUAACUUAACUUUAUGGACUUCGGACUUGCAGGAUGAGGUUGGAGUAGAUGAAAUCAAGGAAGCGCCAAAGAAGGAAGGGGGGGAUAGCCAUUGACAUCCUUAUUUUAAAUGUUGUCAAGAAAGCUAGCUGUAUGUGAUAUGAUUGCAUUUUCUUGUAACAGAAACUCUAGAUUUUCGUUGCCUUCCCUGUCUUUUUUUGAUAAGUGGGGUUUUUUUGGCAACUUCUUAUUCCAUUCUCCGGUCUUGCAGGAUUUACUAUUGUAGUGGCUUCUUUGCCACUUAUGCCCAUUAUCUUUAUUAACAAGGAACUUCUAGUCAAGUUCUGAUUAUAUGUUUCUCUGUUGGUUUGGGAGAUUCUUGGAAUUUGACAAUGGUUGAAUAUAUUGUACCCUCCUAUGGCUAUAAACGUAGGGGUUUAAAUGAGUAGAAGAUUUUUUUAUUAUAUUACUCUCAGUUUUGAUCUCACUUCCUCUAUCGAAGAAAAUAAUGCAUAUUAUUAGGGAAUGAGGUGACUCCAAACUCCUUGUGCUGUCAGAAGCUUAUGCUUAUGCUUACAUGCGUGUUCUAUUAGUUUGAGACACAAAUAUGGUUAGUUUUUCCUAUUUUGAAGUCCAGCUAAAAACUUUAAUCCAUCUUUAUUCUCGUGUUA